AUGGCUGCUUUUCAUGAUGAUGGUGAAGUUGGUUUUGAAGAAGGAAUGCUUUGGUUACCCUCUCAUGUUCUGGACGAGGCAUGUGACUAUAAGGUGGUAUAUAUGAGGAACCGCCACAAAAAACAGCAGCAGCAGGGCAACCACAAAUUGCCUCGGGAACCACACUCACAGUACUCAAAAUCUACUUCAAGAUCAUCAUAUCAAAGGCCUAAGCAUGCCAAUGGUGGGCCUGGAAUGCAAGCUAUUUUCUUAGGAUCUGGGCAGAGAUCAAGUGGUACCGGCGUGUUCUUACCCCAAACUGCAGGCUCUAAACCAACCAAGAAACCAGCUUGCGCUCCUGUCCUCCUUCCGGCACGAGUUAUUCAAGCUCUAAAUCUCAAAGUGCACGCAUUAGGCUUGCAGAUUUCACCCCCUCAAGUUCCCAAAAAUAACCCAAGACGCGGAGAAGUACACAGCAAUGAUUCAACAAAAAAGAAUAAUGAUCAGAAAGAUGCUCUGAAACAAUGCAGUGUAAUUUCUCAGAGUCAAAGUUCUUCUCAAGACAUAUUUCUUCCAAAGGAAUGGACUUACUAG